AUGCCGCCACAGCCGCUUGCGCUGCUCACCUUCAUGUUCUGCUCUGCUCUUGACUCUGUUGUGCUCUGCUCCGUUCGUGUUGGAGCAGUAGAUGCAUUUACUCUUAGGAAAGAAAUAGAACUUGAGCAGCCAGGUGUUGCUGGCACAGCGAUUCGGCCAGACAACAAGAUUGCAGCAUCCGCUGGUUGGGAUCACAGGAUUCGAGUGUAUAACUACAAUAAAGGAAAUGCUCUUUCUGUGUUAAAGUAUCACGGUGCUCCGUGUAAUGCGGUGACUUUCUCAUCUGACUGCAAGCUGAUGGCUUCAUGCUCGGCGGAUACUACAGUUGCAUUGUGGGAGCUCUAUCCCCCCAAAGCUCCAAGCAAAGUAGACAUGGCAACGACGGAUGAGGUCUCCUGUUAAUUUACUUAGACCUUCAGUGCCGAAACGUAGAUAAGUGGAUGGUAUCGCAAACGAGUGAGACUGUGAGAGCAAGAUCAUUAUGAUUUUGAUGCCAACAGACAAGUGAAGGAAAAGAAAGAACUGAAGAUGCAACUCUCACUGUAAGGCGGCAGCCAUGCACAUACAUGUGUUGAGAAAAAUAUGAACUUUAAUGUUUUUCUUGGGCCGGUUUUUCUCUGCUGGACUGGCUGCCCGUUGGCUUCGGCUCGGUCCAAGCCCAUUCGGUGGUUGAUACAAGGGGCAGUGGUCUAGCUAGGAUUGGUGAUGAGAACUGAGAAAGACCAAGGAAGAGAGAGGAUACGGUGGCCGUUGAGUGGCGGUGGCGGUGGAGUAACCGUCUCUCUGAUCCUUUCAGGGGUCGUGUGGGGUUAGAUGGCACCACUGCAUCUAUAUGUAGGUCUUCUUCUUUUUUUACUGGUUUUCUCUUUUGGUUCUUGGGGAUCGUCUUCUGUUCUGGAUCUGAGUGGAGCACAGGCUUUGGACCGGUGAUUAGGAGAUGCAAGGGUUGGGUGGAGGAGCUUGUUUGUUGGUGCUCAUCGGAGCUGUGAUUGUGGAGGCUCACCUGCACGCGCUGAUGCGGUGAGGCUUUAUAGUUCCAUCUUUCUCGCUGGCGGCAACGACGAUAAAUAGGAUUUCUGGGACAAUGACUGGAGAGUCGUGCCUUGUCUCGGUCCUCAGUAUAUUUGAACAAAUUGCUCUGUGAGUACUGUUUUUCCUCUUCGGUUCUGGAUAACAUAAUUUCAUAUAAGGUUUUAUUGCUUGAUCACGAUGAAUAUGUGUUGAGAUUGGGUAUGAUUUUGAGUACACUAGUAUAGGCCUGUGAAGUCUCUAGUUCUGUGAUAGAAUCUGCUAGCCCUUUGAAAUGUGAUAGAAUCUGCUAGCCCUUGGAAAUUGCUUGAUGUGUAUUUGGUUAUGUUCCUGUACACUGUGAAAUACAUGUUUGUUUAGUUCAAAGUUUGUGUACUUUGUUGGUAUAGCAGCCAUGUCCUCGAUGAUAUCUUGAGAACUCUGUCAAGUUCUAUAUUUACUAGCUCAGACUUGAAAAC